CGCAAGCCUCAUCGUCUGGAAGGUUGGUCAUUGCAACAUUGCAGCCUUUUAUUCCAAAAGGAUUCAUCAUUGACUCCAUUUCCGUUAAAGGGGUUUUAUUGGCAGAACAGCGCAUAUCAUGAUCAAGUGUCUACGGGUGAACAGGCCAAUGGUGCGAUGUCGGUUGCCAUCGCUGCGCCGUCAUCCACAGUCUUUAUUUUCAACUACCGUUCGAUCUCCGUUCCUAUCAUCUUUUUUCUCCCGCCCCAAACCGUCACACCCAUCUGAAUCGACAUCGAUAGAGAUGGCGGACUCGUCGUCUUACCCUUCUUCAACGGCACAUACACCUUUGGCUUCCGAUUCGACAGAAAAUGGGGACGUUUCUCCUUGCAUGUCAGCGCGAGACAAAAAUAUGUCUCCGUUUUUAGAAAAGGAUAGGGAAUAUUUGGAAAAAUUGUUGGAACGAGAAGGGGGGAUUAGUGGAGUAGAGCUGGAGGAUGGGGAACCGGUUGGGUUGAAAAGACAGGUGAAGGCAGACAUGAAGAGAGUCAUUUGAGUCGUGAUAUCAUUUGAACUUUUUUUUUAAAAAAUCAUACCCAGUGGGACUGAGGCACGAUAAGCUUUUCCAAAACCGGAUCGCUGUGGAGUAUUCGGGUUGCAAACAUCGCUUGGACCGGCUGCUAUAACUUCCUAUCUGACAUUCGAUAGGCAACGGGCAGGUUUUGCUUCUUCAUAUUUGCUCCCAUAUUAGAUCUGUUACAACGCGAAAUGCGGACAAAACGUCAUUAGCAUCACAAACUGCAAUGUACAGUACUUUUACAAGCUGCAUAUGAAUGCUAUGCAUAUCCCGUACGAUGCAAAGCAAAAAAUAGAAACCACAGCCUAAGUUUGAACACAUGAUGUUCUAUUAAAGAAGGAGUGGUAUACAAGACUGCAAGGGUAAACAAAACACGAAAAAUGAGAGAGGAGUGCCCAACCUCCGCUUUCCCCCUCUUUCCAACCUAUUUAAUAACGGACCCAUCGAAGAACUUUUUGCCUUAGAUCUAUUCCCAACGUUGUGAAUGAAUUUAAAAGUUAUCACAAAUUCAUUUUUGAGAUCAGAUCUGUCAACAAAUUCUUGUACACCCACGAGUCACCACUCAUUCGCUUAAAUCGAAGACCAUUCACAGCCAGUCUCGGGAGUUUGCACACUUCCAUCUCGAAAUCUAUGCCUUGGAAACUACAGCUCGCAAUAAAGCCGUUAACGUCAAAUUUGACGCCUGCCUCAGUGAGAACGCGGAGGACUUCAGUCAGAAUCGCUUCGGGUUCUUUGGUCGACGUGGUCGAGACAGAGAAUGUGAAGCGGAGGACGCGGGGUUCGGCACGUUGACCCUCUUUACGGAACUUGAUUUUAAGGCGCUCAGCCAGAGAUAGCUGAGAACCGGAUUGGGAUUGCGAGGAAGAGAGCGUGGAGGGAUGGGCAGAUGUAGGACGGCUCGGUGAUGUAGCGUUGGUAGAGUCGUUAGAAGCGGAAGCUCCCGCGGCGGCUUGUAGGGCAUAGGGGGCAGCCGCCGAAUCGAUAGUUUGAGCACGGUUUCUGCGUGUGGCGGUGCGAACCGUAGAAGGUUGCAAAACAGUAGCAAUGGCCACAGAUGCUGCAGCGGGUGGCACCACUUGGGUCGUUGUGGUGUGCAUUUCACUGGCAACUUGUGCGACUGGGACUGGGUUGGAUGGUACUCCCGCAAAUGAGGCCGGACGUUCUCGGCCAGCUGAAGGAAGGGCUGGCCGGGGUCGUGGACGGACAACCACCUCUGGAACAUUCUCUUCGGCAACGACUCCGGUCGAUGAUGUAGGAGAUCCUUGAGCGGCAGCUACCGCCGCAGCCAUAUUGUUUUGUAAAAGCUCCUUUUUCAAAUCUGCUACUGCAACGGGAGUGGAAACCGUUGCACGUCGGCGGGCAGCUGUUGAGGUGGCAUUCACAGCCGCACGAACACCACUACUAGAUGGAGGUCGUGCCGCAUGUCCAGCAUCUUCAGUACUUUCCUGUGGCUCUGUUGUUCUCGCCCUUUGUCGUUCAGGUGUGCCAGACCCGGGCCUUUCGAUAGGAUUCAAGGCCCUCCUUGCUGGAGCUUCGACGCCGUUGGGCAAUCCACCAGCUGCACCUUCCUCAACUAUUGCGUUCAUAUUGGGUGCUUCAGCCAGUUUACGAGACGCCGUGGGCGUAAUGUUGGGAAGAACUGGCACGUUGCUUUCCCUGCGUCCAUUAGGUGCCGGUCCAGGCGGCUUGUUCGCCUCUGAUUCAGCGGCACCAGUCCCGGGACGCUCGCUAUCACGCCCAGCUUCUCCAGUUUUGCGUUUAAAGUUUUUGUCCGCAAUCAAAUAGUAUGUUGCAGACAGAUGAUCAUAAACACCUUCGUCCAGAGAUUUUUUGACUGCUACCCUGUCCAGGCCAAUUUCUUCAAGCUCAUCUAAAACAUGGUUUAUCUGCUCCGGAGUGAGACUCAGCACCUGUGGGACAGGAAGAGGCUCAUGCUCAUAACCCUCGUUGAACC